AUGAGCGAACAAAAUAAAAUAAUUUAUGUUGGUGUAAGAGCUGAAGACAAAAGUCACUGGGAGAGAAGAGUUCCUAUUAUCCCCAAGCAUGUCAGAGAAAUCCAUGAUAAGUAUCCUUAUAUCAAGUUUAUUGUUGAACCUUGCACAAAAAGAGUUUUUUCUAACAAGGAAUAUGAAAAUGCUGGUGCUAUUAUUAGUUCAGAUCUCACAAACUGCUCUCUAAUUAUAUGCGUUAAGGAAGUUCCUAUUGAAAAGCUUUAUCCUUAGAAGACAUACAUGUUCUUUUCUCAUACAAUCAAAGCUUAAAAGUAAAAUAUGGCUGCUCUGGAUGAUAUGAUUUAGAAAAAGAUUAGAUUAAUUGACUAUGAAAAAAUCACAGAUGAAAAAAACAAUCGUCUUGUAGCUUUUGGUAGAUUUGCUGGUAUCGCUGGUACCAUAGAUUAUUUGAGUGGCCUCGGUUAAUACUUAAUGACCAAAUCUAUCUCAACUGCUUUCCUCAACAUCAGCAUGAGCUAUAAAUACUUUAAUUUAGAACAAGCAUACCUCCACCUUAAAUCAGUUGGAUAGCAAUUAGAAUCAUAAGAAAUUCCUAAAGAAUUGCGUCCAUUAGUAUUUGCAGUUACUGGAACUGGACGCUGCGCUAAUGGAGCAUGGGAAGUCCUAGAAAAUCUUCCUAUUAAGAAGGUUUCCCCUGAUGAGCUCAAAGCUCUUCAUGAUGACAUCGAUAACCCAGCUCAUGCUACAACCAUUUACUGCUGCUCUAUUUUGCCUGAACACAUGGUUGAACAUUCAGAGCAUAAGGACCACUUUGAAAAGAAACACUACUAUGAAAAUCCUCAUGAAUAUGUACCCAUUUUCCAUGAAAAAUACUUGCCUUACAUAUCAUCUAUCUUCCAUAAUAUGUAUUGGGAUUACAAAUUCCCACGUCUUAUAACUGAUUAACACAUGAAAGAAUUAGCUCAAAAAGGAAAAAGUAAAUUAUUAGGUAUUUCAGACGUCACUUGUGACUUAGAAGGAUCUAUAGAAUUUUUGAAAAAAUUCACCACCCCUGACUAACCUUUCUAUGUAUAUGAACCUAUUGAACAAAAGAUUUACGAUGACUUAAAAUAUAGAGAUAAUGGUAUUCUUUAUCUAGCCCUCGAUUUCCUUCCAUGCGAGCUUCCUUUUGAUGCAAGCACUCACUUUUCCAACCACUUAAAAGAAUGGAUUCCAAAUAUAGCAGAGAGCGACAUCAGCUUACAUAUUGAAGAAAGUGGGCUUAUAGAUUGUAUUAAAAGAGCAGUUAUUACUCAUAAUGGCGAUUUAACACAUGCCUACUAAUAUAUAAGAAAGCUAAGAGAUGCUAAUGAAAGAAUAGAAGCUAGCAAAAACUUUGAACCUAAAAGAGGUCUCAGCAAAAAAGUUCAGAGCUUCUCUUCUUUAAAAAUCGAAGGCCACAUAUUCGAUACAGGUGCUAUCAAUAAAAUUUUGGAUAUAUGCUAAAAGUAUGAAGUCAAAUUUAAUGUUGCUGAUAUUUUAGUAGGAUAAAACGAAGACCAAACCUCUCAAAUGCUUCUUUAAUUGUAUGCUAAUAACCACGAAUCAAUGAUCGAAGUUAUUGAAUAAAUUGAAGUGCUAGCUGAAAAGAUUAAUUUAGUCAUUUAUGAAUCUUUAUCAUCUGCAUAUUGA